UCAUCCAUUUUUUUGUCUUUUUUAUUUUGUCUUCUUUUUUAUUUUUGCAAUUAUACAUCUUUUUUAUUCUCUAUAUUUUGCAUUAAACACCCAUUUUUAGUACCCAGUGUACGCGUCCACACACAACAACCAUUAAAUCCAGCACAAAACAGCUACUUUGCUCAAUGAUUUUUAACUUUAAACGACUUACUGGGCUGUCCAAUUUAAAUCCUGAGCUCAUACGGCAGUUUACAAAAGAGUCACUGCAUACCUUGAUAUCGGUAGCAGCCAUAGUAGUAGUUGUUAUCUGGAUGAUGAUGUGCCAGGGCUGGUCCGACACACGAUGGGCGCGGUGGCGGAACCCCGGAGAGACGCACACAGUGCCGCUAAAUGAUAUGAUUUUGAGCCAUAUUUCAUACGCACAUGUUCGCAAGGGCUGGAUCUGCGACACUCUAAUAAACACCUCUGCCGUAAUAUGUGUAGCAGGCAAUAUUCUGAUGGCACGCGGGUGGCGGGCGCGGCUAGUAAUGCUGCGGCGACUAGCAUGGAUAAUCUCCAUUCUGUAUCUCCUGCGGUCCAUCACCAUCUCGGUAACCACUAUACCGCCACCCAUCAUUGACUGCGUGCCGCUGCUCGUUGACGACGCCGGGAGCAUGCUGAGGGCGAUUUUUGGCAUGCUUUCUGGCGAAAGAAAAGAGUGCACGGAUAUGGUAUUUUCGGGACACACUAUUAUUUUGCUUAUUUCUUUUUUGUUCUGGACCAAAUACGCGCGCCAUUGGUCCUUUGUUGUUUACAGCGCCAUACAUACGGUGGUGGGAAUUGCCAGCGUGCUGUUGGUGCGUUAUCACUAUACGUUGGAUGUGAUUUUGGCCGCGGUGAUCACGUCUUUUGUUCACCACAUGUACUAUCGCGCCCUGGACUCUGCCGUGCGCCAGCGGUUGGCUGUGGACCGCCGUAUGCGCUGCAAUGCAAUAUUUGGUAAGGGCGCGUUUGCUGGAUCUGGAAAAAAUACCCACGGUAGUGGCUUUGCGUAUAACCGCGUUGCAUCUGAGGAUAACGCGGAAUUUGUCCACAGCAACACUGAGCAUAUCGAUAUUUCAUCGCCACGUGCUAAUUUUUCAGUCGAACUUGGACUUGGACUUGCACAAGAGCAGGUUUAUAGCACUGUGCUGACGCUGGCAUCAAAUACGCCGGCGCAGAAUACCGUAGCGACCCUUUUCGAAAUUCCCAAUGGCUCCGAUGAUAUUGAGAAGGCGCUGGGCGCAGCGUUGGAGUCGGAAAAUUUGCACUCGGCGGGCUUGGUUUACGACAAGGACAUUGAUAUUUAUCAUCAGGACAUGCUGCUGAUCAACAGGCCAUUGAGCAAAUGCCUUUCUGCUGCCGUGGCAUGGAUGGAUGGCCUGCACUUGCGCUGAUAUUCACACCUUUUUAAUUACUUUUUUUAAAAAAAUUUACUUCUUGACAA